AUGAGUGACCAAAUAUAUCGUUUAAGUGAGUUGACCGGCAUCCAAGCAUCAAUUAUCGAUGUGAAGGAAUUGAAAAGAGAAGAUAAGGAUAGUUCUGACGAGAAUAUGGACGACGACAAUUGUUUUAAUGUUGACAUUGAUUUCCGCUUGUGCGAAAAGAGAAAGCUACGUGAUGGUCGUUAUCACAUUGUUUUUGCGCCUCCUGAAACUCUCAUCUCGAGCAAAUAUGGACGGGAGUUGUUGCUCAGCCAGCAGUACCAGGAAAAUGUUGUUGGAAUUGUUAUAGAUGAAGCACAUUGUAUACUGGACUGGUUAGUAUCAACAUUUUUAUUUUAAAAUAUAUUAAUAUACUAAUACAGUAUAUGGCAAAUCGUGGUAUAUGGUAUCAUAUUGCUGAGAAAGGCGAUAAUGCUGAAAAAAUAACAAUGGUGGCUGUGUAAACACGUAAUGAUAGCUUAUACUUGUAAAUAUUGAAAUAUUUUGGUUGUUUCGGCAAUUUUUAUUAAAUUUUUCAUCAUAAUCAGCAAUAUGAUACCUUACUUCCCGUCCCCCCUGCACACAUAAAUUAAAAGCUGGAAUUGCCUAUUACCAUCACUUGCAACUAUUAAGGAUGAAUGGUCGUCAAUAAAAAAUUGUCUAUUCUCAUGACAAAGUUCAAUAUUUGUGAUGGUUUCAAUUCGCCCAGCCAAUCAGCUUGGAGCUGGUUGGAUGUGGUAGGCUGAUCCCUACUUUAUUAUUUUACUCUGUAUAAUGCCAGAUUAUUUUACUCUAUCUAAAAAUGCCAAAUGAUUUACUUGUCAAGGCUAGGGGAGGGUGCUGGUGCUUAAUGGGUAGCCUGCGUAGCAGGUGCUUUAUUUUAUUGAAAGUAUUGAGGAUUUUUGAAUAAAUGGUAGAUUAGAAAAAAUGGGCGAAGAAAAAAAUGGUCGAGAAAAAAACGAGUGAAGAGAAAUAAUAAACUGUAAUUUAUUCGAAAAUCAUCAAAACCUUCAAUAGAAUAAAUGGUUAAAACUGUGUUUUUAUUUAAUUGCAGGGGACUUGAUUUUAGAACAGAUUAUGCUAAAUUGGGGGUCAUAUGUGCAAUGUUUCCAGACGUGCCUGUUCUGGCAAUGACAGCAACUGCAAGUGGAACUGAUAUUAAAUGUAUACAGGACUGGGCUUGAAAAAUUGCAAGUGCAUCGUUGCCAAUCCUGAUAGAAAGAAUAUUUUCUACCAAAAGAUUUUUAGAACUGGACAAGAUGUGGAUGCGAUUCAAUCAAUUUUGGUACCAAUUGCCAGGUCCCUCUUACAGGAAAAGGUUGACUAUCCACUAACUAUUAUUUACACUUCUUUGACAAUAUGUGGAUUUGCAUAUAAACUAUUCGAGCAUAUUCUUGGUGAUGAGCAGUACUUUCCUCUUGGUUCUGAUUCAAUCCCAUCCAACAGGUUGUUUGCACAGUUCCAUGCUCCACAGACCAGACAGAUGAAGGAAGAAAUCCUGAAACAACUGUGUUCCAAGGAAGGUAUUGUUCGUGUUGUUUUUGCGACAGUGGCUAUAGGGAUGGGUGUUGACAUUCGAGACAUCCGCCAAAUUAUACAUAUUGGACCGCCAAGUUCAGUGAAGGCAUACUUCCAAGAGACUGGACGUGCUGGCAGAGAUGGCAAGCCCUCAACUGCGUUGUUAUAUUACAACAACAGAGAUAUAGCCAAGAACAGAGUUGGAAUGCAGGAUGACAUGCGGGCCUAUUGUGCGAGUAACAAUACGUGUCUCAGGAAAUUAUUAUUGAAGUCAUUAGAUUACAAACAGGAUAUUGUUUUUAAGCCAUUACACCUUUGUUGUGGUGUCUGUGAGAAAGACUGUGAUUGUCCCAUGUGCUUACAGCUUCUCAUGGAAAAACUUUAG